AUUACAUCUCCUUAACAUAAUCAAAAUAUCUGGGAGUAACCCUGCGCUAGCGCUCACAGAUAAUAAAACAUGGUUACGCAGCGUGAUAGAGAAUUGUUCAGGGAUGAUAUUCGCUCUCGAGGAACGAAGCUCAAUGCUGCUGAGCGCGAGAAACUGCUAAGGCCAUAUCUGCCAGACCCGUCUGAUCUUCCACGCAGACCAACUCAGCGGCGCAAGAAGGUUCCUCGAAAGACACCAAUACGGACGUUUAUCAAGUCGCAGCUGCAUCUACUCACAUACGCCGUUGUUCACAUCAUCUUUGGGAUUUUUUCUCGUCUUAUUUUGAGCUACCAUGCUGUUGUGGAUCGAAUCUUCGCCAUCGUCUAUUACCAUCACCGAACACCAGAGUUACUACGAAAGGAUGUGAAAGGCUUGAAGCGCUUACCCGAACAUCUGAGCGUCAUAUUAUCACUACGCAAAGAAGACGAUGCCCUAGCAAUCUUGAUGGAUGAAGUGGCGGAACUUUCAGCCUGGAGCGUGAGUUCUGGGAUACCUGUCCUAAGUGUCUACGAGAAGACCGGUAUCUUGAAGUCCUGCAUCCCCGUCCUUCACCAAGCUAUCACGAGCAAGUUGUCAUCUUACUAUGGGUCUCCGGCGCAGCAACCUACACUGCGGCUGUUUGCUCCUCACCACCCUAUCUAUAAUACACAGCAAGAUGUUCCGCCGUCUGACAGACACAACGCCAGUUCUCUCACAGUGCUUCUCCUGUCUGCGACUGAUGGCAGGGAAACGUUUGUUGACUUGACCAAGACCUUGGCGGAGAUGUCCCAAACUGGUAAAUUGUCCCCAGAGGACAUUACUAUGGAAUUGGUCGAUGCAGAGAUUAGUGAGAUCACCACUCAGCCAACCCAACCGACAGCACCUGUCAAUCAAGGCAGCACAAGAAUGGGCCUCAGCCGUAAUGCCUCCCUAGUGAAGCCUGAGCCUGAUCUUCUGCUUGUUUUUGGUCCGUUCUUGAAGUUGGAUGGAUACCCGCCUUGGCAUAUCCGCCUCACCGAAAUGUACUGCACCGGCGGUAGGAAUAGUGGGAUAACGAAUUCCGACGAGGCUGUUGAGUACCACGGGUUCCUCAGGGGCCUCUGGCACUACGCCGGCGCUCAGAUGAGGUUUGGCCGUUGAUGGCAAUACCUUUCCUCGUGACUGUCCAAAGUGACCCUUAUUAUAUACUGGAGUCUUAUUCCAUGAUCUAUUAAUUGAAAGAGAGUAAGCAGGCACUAGUCUCAGCAUAUCUAUGAAUGGAUAAUCGUAUUAUACGUUCCCGAGAAUAAGAUACGUGGGGUGCGAGAAUCGAAUAGACAUGGCAAUAACUGGUAAUG